GUGUGACGUCGAGCCGAGGCUCUGGCUGUUUAUUGUUCCUUCUUCGGCACCGACAGAGAGAAAAAGGCUAACAAGCAGUCAGCCACUUUCUUCACACGGUUAACGGUCGGUUUUACGAAGGUGUAACGGGCGAGACAGCUGACUGCACAAACCAGGGGUCAUGGCGUAUGCGUACCUCUUCAAAUACAUCAUCAUCGGAGACACGGGUGUGGGAAAAUCAUGUCUAUUACUACAGUUCACAGACAAGAGGUUUCAGCCAGUUCACGACCUCACCAUCGGUGUGGAGUUUGGAGCGAGGAUGAUCACUAUAGAUGGCAAACAGAUCAAAUUGCAGAUCUGGGAUACGGCUGGUCAGGAGUCGUUCCGGUCCAUCACCAGGUCUUACUACAGAGGAGCAGCAGGAGCGCUGCUAGUCUAUGACAUCACAAGAAGGGACACUUUCAACCACUUGACGACCUGGUUAGAGGACGCCCGCCAACAUUCCAACUCCAAUAUGGUCAUCAUGCUCAUUGGCAACAAGAGUGAUUUGGAGUCGAGGAGAGAGGUAAAGAAAGAAGAAGGUGAAGCAUUUGCCAGAGAACAUGGCCUCAUAUUCAUGGAGACCUCAGCUAAGACUGCCUCUAAUGUAGAGGAGGCUUUCAUCAACACAGCCAAGGAGAUCUAUGAGAAGAUCCAGGAGGGAGUGUUUGAUAUCAACAACGAGGCUAAUGGUAUUAAGAUUGGACCCCAGCAUCCCACCACCAACUCCACACUCUCCAGUAGCCAGGGAGGGCACCAGGCUGGCGGGGGCUGCUGCUGAAGCCCCAAAACGCACCUCCUCAGCCUCCAGCCUCGACCCCCCCCUCUUCCUCCUCGCCCUCUCCGACCCUCCCUUUGCGUUUCUACAGAACUGUUCAGGCUCUCUUAACAGUUUAACCUCUCUCUCUCUCUCUACUGCUGCAUUUUUUUUUUCAUCCAUCUAUCCACUGUCUUCUUUUCUCUCCACAUCAUCUUCCCUGAGCCUCUUAGCCAAUCACAUGGGUGUAGGGGCUGCACCCCCCCCCCCCCCCCCCCCCAACCAGUCACUCUACAGGCUUACGAGGACAGAGUCGGCCUCACCUGCAGAUCUGCCCACCUAACUUGUAGUUUUUGGUUAGAUUUUAAGCUUUUAUUUAAAAUGAAACACACAGACCUGCUGCAGUGUUACUUCAGCAGUUCCUCUGAAUUCUUGUGGGUGUUGUUGGGAUGAUUCAGUAUCUCAGAAUCACAAAGCUCUGUGGUGAGUUGACUUUGCGUAGAUGGAGACAGGAGCGAGGGUAGAAGUGAAGCACGCUUAACUGGCUGGCUAUAUGGAAUAAACCAGGCACCGUGUUUUGUCUAUACACACAUCUGUACAUGUUUUUAAAGACUGUGUUGAUAGCAGGACAUGUCUCUACAUGCUGAGUCAGUUUUCAUGCUGUGCCUGUGUGUAUAGGGAUGAUACAACUAUUCCACUGUCAGUCUGGGAGGUGUGGGAGGCGUCCAAGUCACUCUGUAUUUUCUGUCCAUAAAAAAAAAAAAAAAAA